AUGAGGCUUGCCAUUGAGAAGGUAUUACCUGGUACAAGGCAUCGUUUGUGUAUGUGGCAUAUUAUGAGCAAGUUAUUUGAGAAGAUACCUAAAUCAAUUUCUGAUAGAGAAAAGUUUAGUAAGGAGUUUAAAUCUUGUGUUUGGUCAGAGUUGUUAGAUCCGGAUGAGUUUGAUAUAUUAUGGACUAGUAUUGUUGAAAAAUAUAGUGUAGAAGAUCAUAAGUGGUUUAAGGAUAUGUUUUUGAUUAGACAUAUGUGGAUCCCAACCUUCUUUAGAGAUGUUCCUAUGGGUUCUUUAAUGAGAACAACAUCUUUUUCAGAAUCUGAAAACAGUUUUUUUAAGAGGUACUCGAAACCGUUGUUCAAUUUUGCUGACUUCACUCUUCAGUAUAACAAUGCCAUUGAUGCUCAAAGGAAUCAAACUGAAAGGCUUGACUAUUAUGAUUCUGUAAUCACUCCAAAAUAUGUCACUGAUUUAGCAUUUGAGAAGCAAUUGACAUCUGUAUACACAUAUAGGAUGUUUAGAGUGGUACAAGAAUUGAUUGCUGAGGCUGAUAAGAGUUGUCGGAUGAUUAGCAUGUCCACAUUGGAGAACAUCGAGGUCUUUAAAGUUUCUGAUGCUAGAAAGAAGAUCUUUACAGUUACACAUGAGAUAGAGACUGAGUCAUAUGAAUGUGAGUGUAAACUAUUUUUAAGGUGUGGUUAUCUAUGCAGCCACCUUUUUUUCAUCCUUAGAAACAAAGAUGUCAACAAUAUUCCAGAGAAAUAUGUUGGUAACCGUUGGCUUAAAAGUGAAUUACUAAAGGCAGUUCAUGGUCUCACGAUUGAUGAAAGUGCGUCUGACAGAGGUUCUAACAAAGAUGACAAACUACAGAUUGCUAAUAGGUGUCAUGGACGUUACUUUGGUCUAUAUCAGCGUGCUUUUAGGAAUAAAGAUCAUUUGAUUGCUUUGGAUAAUUUGCUUGCGGGUAUUGGUCCUCAAAUAUUUAAAGAUGACUGUGCUGGAUCGUCGUCUCUUGAUAAAAAUGAUUCAAUCAUGAACAUAUAUGGUAUUGUUGUUCCUGAAGAAAUAACUGCCCAUGCUCCAGAUGUUACUGAUCAUAAUGCUAGAAGUUGUGGCAGAAAGGAGACAUGA